AUGGCUACUCACGUUGUCACUACCACCACCACUAUUUCUCCUCUGUCUGCCAACCAGAUCUCUGUUUACGGCCAUCCGUCGCCUGUCAACUCGGCUUCUGCCACGCCUGCCAACAAUUCUCCCACUUCUCCCCGCCUACAGCAUCUUCCAUUGCAGUGUCGUCAGCUGCGGCCUCUUAAGGGUCCCUUGUAUGUCCCCGCUGCCCUGCGUCCUACCGAACGCCCUCAGAAGUCGUCUCCCCCCACCCCUCCGCGCAGUGCGCACGGUUCUUUGGACAGUUUGAACAACGAAGAACCUAGUACGCUCGUCAGCCGUCGUUCGACCAUGGAGAGCAACUUCAACAACACUAUCAGCAAGCUCGCUGAGAAUGAGUGGAUGAAGAUGGAGCAACUUGGUCAAGUUACUGGUCUUCCCACCAGAGAACACUGGAAGUCAUUUACCCUACCGGGACUCUCUACUGCGUUAGGCAAUGAGCAGAAGAUUAACAAUGCUCCCUCACAGGCGGACGCUGCUUCUCCCAACUGCGACUCACCCACCUGCCGCUCAUCUUUUGGCCUCUUCCUGCGUCGUCACCAUUGCCGCCACUGUGGACAUGUGUUCUGCUCCUCUCACACUCCCCAUAUAGUGCCUCUCGAUCAAGAUGCUCGCUUCCACCCUGAAGGAGUUCCUUCUCGCGCCUGCGAUCUCUGCUGGAGCGCUUACCAACGCUGGGAAGAGGCUCGCACUGAGCGUUUAAACAAAAUCCAGUCUCUCUUGGCUCAGCAGGAGACGACUGGCAAUAACAACCAAGACACCGAGUCUGCCACAAACGCUACAGCGAGCUCAGACACUCUGCAGCAGGACGAUCCUUCGAACCAAGCCACCAAUGCUUCCCAGGGCCAGGCUACUGAGAUUGCUGCCAGCGUUCCCCGCGGAUGGAACUGGAGCACCUUCUAA